AUGUCUGUUCAAUCAGAAAAUGGAAAAAUUACAAUUUGGAUUGAAAGUGGUGAUAAAAAGGCAGAAAUUUACGCUAAAACAGCAUGUUGUGAUACUAAUAGUACGCUAGAUGGAAGUAUUACAGUUGCUAAUGAGCUAUCGCUUUAUGCUGGAAAUAAAAGUCUUCCAUUAAUUACGGCAUUUUUUAAAAGUUUUAAUGUUCAAAAUGUUAAUGACAAUAAUUAUGUACGAAAAAAGGCAAAUCUUGGUACCAUUUUGGGUGUAUAUUUACCAACCAUACAGCACAUUUUUGGUGCAAUUAUGUUCCUACGACUAUUUUGGAUUGUUGGUAUUAUGGGUAUUGGCCAAUGCAUUACAAUGACAUUUCUAUGCAUGUUUUGUACCUUUUUAACAUCGAUCAGUUUGAGUGCUGUUGCAACCAAUGGUGUUAUUGAAACCGGUGGUACCUAUUAUAUGAUUUCACGAAAUUUGGGACCUGAAUUUGGUACCGCUGUUGGUAUAUUAUUUUAUUUGGGUAAUGCAUGUGCAUGCGCUAUGUAUAUUGUUGCAGCAGUUGAAGUAUUUCUUCUAUAUAUAGCACCAAAUAUGACAAUUGGUGGUCAAGAGAUACACGAUGAUACUGGUUUAAUUGGAAUGAUGUCAAAUAAUUAUCGUUUUUAUGGUACUAUCAUUUUAUUAUUAAUAUUUGCUGUUGUUGCACUUGGCGUUCGAUUUGUACAAUUCUUUGCACCGAUUUCUCUAGUCUGUGUGCUACUCUCGAUAGCAGCUAUCUUUGCUGGUGUCAUCGAGAAAAGUGUCACAUCAAGCAAUCAUCGAGUGUGCUAUCUAAAUAAUCAUUUAUUACAUUCAAAUGCAUAUACAUCAAUUCAAAGUAUCACAAACAAUAACAAUAAUAACAAUAACAAUAAUCUUUGCUCUUAUUGCAAUUUUAAUAAUUCAAAACUUUUUGAUGCAAUUUGUCGCAAUAAUAAUAAUAAUUUCUCGUCGCUAAAUUCAUGCGACAAUUAUACGUUAACAUGCGAAAAAGUUUUUGUUGGUAUACAAAGUGGUGCUUUUCUUGAAAAUUUUGGUAGUCAUUAUAUGAAGGAAGGUGAAGUAGCACCAAAACAAUCUGUCAAUAACAAAAAAUUGGAAAUUUUUCAAGAUGUGACAACAACAUUUUUUGUCGUUAUGGCAAUUUAUUUUCCAAGUGUUACUGGUAUUAUGACAGGUGCAAAUAUGAGUGGUGAUUUAAAAGAUCCACAAAAAAGUAUACCUCAGGGAACAAUUGCUGCACAAUUAACAACAUCAACAAUAUACUUUUUCCUUAUCUUAGCUUUUGGUUCAACAAUUUCAGGCCCAGUUUUACGUGAUAAAUAUGGCCAAAGUAUGAUUGGUUCUGGCAUGAUAGUAGCUGAAUUAGCUUGGCCAUCAUCAUGGAUUAUUAUGAUUGGUGCAUUUACAUCAUGUUUUGGUGCUGCACUACAAUGUCUUUGCAGUGCUCCACGUUUAUUACAAUCAAUAGCAAAAGAUGAUGUUUUACCAUUUUUGCGAUCAUUUCAAGUACUAACACAAUGGAAUGAACCAUUUCGAUGUUUAAUUUUAACAGUAUUAAUAGCAGAAUUGAUCAUAUUAGUGGCGGCAUUAGAUCGAAUUGCGCCAAUUGUUGAUUUUUUCUUUUUAAUGUGUUAUGCAUUCAUUAAUCUUGCAUGCUUUUUGCAUUCCAUUCUUGGUGCACCAAAUUGGCGACCUCGUUUCAAAUGCUAUCAUUGGACAUUAUCAUUACUUGGAACAUUAUUAUGCUUAUUUAUAAUGUUCUCAACUCAUUGGAUUUAUGCUCUGAUUGUCACAUUACUUUGUGGUAUGAUCUAUAAGUAUGUGUCAUGGAAAGGUGAUAAGAAAGAAUGGGGUGAUGGUAUGACAGGACUUAUACUUAGUACAGCUCAAUUUUCACUUUCAAAAUUAGAUGAUAAACAACCACAUCCAAAAAAUUGGCGACCACAAUUAUUGUUAAUUGCAAAUUUACCACUAGCUGAAAAUUGGCGACAAAAUGAAACCACCCGAAAAUUACUUAGUCUUGCAAGUCAACUUAAAAAAGGUCGUGGUUUAACUAUUGCUGUAGCUCUGCAUAAAGGUCAAUCUACUAAUAAAAAUGCUAAGAUAAUUGCGGCACAAAUGAAAAAAGAGCUACUGGAAGAGAUGACAAAUGCAAAAGUUCAUGGCUUCUGCUCAUCACUUAUAUAUGAAGCAGAUCAAUUGGAAGGUGCAUUAUCAACUCUUAUACAAAGUUGUGGUAUUGGACCAUUACGUCCAAAUACUUUGCUAAUUCCGUAUCCGGAAGAAUUGCAUGCGGAAAGUGUUUAUUGGCAUUUCUUACAUCGCCUUCAACAUGGUGCAAUGCAAGAUAUGUGCUUACUUGUACUAAAAGGUAUUCCAUAUUUUCCGGAAAAUGAAUACAGAAUGGCUGGAAAUAUUGACAUGUGGUGGAUCCUUCAUGAUGGUGGCUUAUUACUUCUUAUUUCAUUUUUACUCAAACAACAUAAGGUUUGGCGCAAUUGUCACCUAAGAAUAUUUGUUGUUGUUGGACAUGAUGAUAAUAAAUCACAAUUACGACAUGAUAUGGAGAAAUUUUUAUACGAAAUGCGCAUCAAUGCUAAUUUAUAUCUAGAAGAAUUUGCAACUCCAGAUAUAUCAGCAUAUGAAAUACAACGAUCAUUACAAAAUGAUACAUCAAGUUUGUCGAGAAAAAAACGUUGUUCAAUGGUUCAAGUUAUUCUUGAUCAAAAUCGAAAACAACGCGAAAAUGACAAACAAAACAAUGAACUUAAAGUUCUUUGUCAAACUAUUCAAAUGGAAUCAGAAACCAAAAGAAAUAAACAAACGGCAGAUAAUUUCAAAAGUAAUUCGUAUCCGACAGACCUUCCACAGCUCAAUCCAUUUCGAAUCGUACAUUCAAAUAAUGAUCUAGAAAAUGACAAAUGUGGAGGAAAAUUUAAAUGUGAGAGGAAGUUUACAUUCAGUUCAUUUGAAUCAGAAGUAAGUAACACUAUCAAUCGAGAAGUAUUAAUUAAGUCAUCCGAUCAACUAAAGGAACAUCUACCAAAUGAGCGUGUAAUACGUGAAGUUCAUUCGGCUGUACGUUUGAAUGGAAAAAUAUUCGAGAAGUCUAGUGCAAGUGCUCUGGUAGUACUAAAUCUUCCAGAACCACCAAAAAAAGAAUCUGCUCUUCCCAAUUAUAUGGAAUAUUUGAAUGUGCUAACGCAUAACCUACGACGAGUUCUUUUGGUCCGAGAAAUGUGGACGGCAAAAAAUAUUCUGACAGGUUUUCAUCAACAUUCAUUAUUUAGGGUAAAUGCGACGUUCUUUCAUACAACAUCCUUAACUAGAUGGCAAAACUUCGAGAAUGAAAGACAUUUCGAACCUGGGGAAGAUGUUUUGAAGCGGAUGUGGUAUGCUUUGAAGUAUGAUGUAAAACGAUGGAAAAGGCGGUGGAAAGAAGCCAGAAUGGAUCCUUAUCAGAGGAAUAAUGCGAUUGCACACAUCAAACGACACACAAUGGAUCUCGAGUUGUUCCCAUUCGAAACUCAGGUAUUAAUCAUUGGAGGUGGAUUGAUAGGAUCAUCUGUUGCAUACUGGUUAAAGCAAGCGUUUCGUGACGAAGACUACAAAGUGACAGUUGUAGAAAAUAACGAUAAGUUUGCGCAGUGCGCUUCAAUGUUAACAUGUGGUGGUAUCUCACAGCAAUUUUCAGUCCCUGAACAUGUUACAAUGUCAGCUUUUGCCGCUGAAUAUCUUCGUCAUGCUGGCGAACAUUUGCGUAUUUUAGACAACGAUCCUCCUGAUAUAAAUUUUUUACCGAUGGGUUUCAUGUAUUUGGCUCGCACACCCGAAGAAGUGGAUCGAUUGAAGCGGAAUUGGAAAGUGCAAACGCAAAAUGGUGCCCGAAUUGAUUUGCUAAACCGUAAUAAGUUAUGUGCGAAAUUUCCUUUUAUCAAUUUUGAUGAUGUAUUACUCGGCUCAUACGGUUUGGAAAAUGAAGGUACAAUCGAUUCUUGGCAACUAUUAUCAGCUAUACGGGAAAAGAAUCUUACUUUGGGUGUGCAGUAUCUUAAAGGAGAGGUGGAAGGUUUUUAUUUUGGCCAAAGAUAUGGUGCUACAGAAAUAUAUGGUAUUGCAGAUGAUGCUGAUGAAGCAGUAUGGCGUAAUAAGCAUAUCCGCGGAGCUUUUAUUCGGCCGCAAAUGACAGAUGCUUCUGCAAGAAUCGUACGAUCUAAUCAUAUUGUUGUUGCUGCUGGUGCUUGGUCUGGUCGUAUUGCCGAAAUGGCAAGAAUUGGGAAAGGACAAGAUUUAUUGGCUGUUAAAAUACCGGUUGUUGCACGGAAGCGUAUGAUGUUUGUUGUACAUGCACCUGAUGUUCCUGCCUUAGAUAUGCCGGCUCUUGUGGAUCCCAGUGGUGUUUAUUGUUUGCUGGAAGAAGUUGGUAAUACAUUCAUUUGUGGGAAAAUCCCGAAUAAGGAAGAAGAUGAAAAAAUGGACCACUCAAAUUUGGAAGUAGAUUACAACUACUUUUAUAAUGAUAUUUGGCCAACUCUAGUGAAAAGGAUUCCAGCAUUUAGAAAUUUAAAAAUUAAAAAUGCUUGGGCAGGUUAUGAAGAUGUGAAUACAUUUGAUAAUUCACCUGUUAUCGGAGAGCAUUUACUUUAUCAAAAUUUACAUUUCUUAUGCGGGUUUGGGAAUCGUGGAAUGCAGCAUUCCUUAGCUGUCGGACGAAGUUAUGCUGAAAAAUUGCUGGAAGGUGCAUAUGUAUCAUUAAAUUUACGAAAAUUUGAUAUGAGACGAUUGGUUAAAAUGGAAAAAUUAGAGGAAGAGUAUGGUUAA